AUGGCUGGCAUCACGCAAGCACAAGCCUUACGAAUUGAAGUGACGCCAUCGCUUGAAAUAGUCUUUCAGUCCAACACUCGUGUCCAACUCUCUGACGCGGAAUGGCGUCACCCUGACGCAAGCGUAAGAUCUUCUCGCCUAGCCCUGCAUGCAGUGGUACCACAACAACAUUCUCCACUUCCCUUCCUUCUCUUCUCCCUCUCCCCAUAUCGAAAUGAUUGUCUCAAGUAUGCAGUGCUUACUGAGUUGGAGUUGUUUGUGGCCACUACACGGCGUAAUCGAAUCUGUAGCAGCAUCGAAACGCAAGUUCGUACCAUUAAAUACCUUGAUUUGAGUGUACGCUGUUACUAA